AUGGCUGAGUCAUUAAAGGAAGUGUCCAGCAGCAUGGAAGCUUUGGAAGGCCCAGAGGAGGGAAAGAAGAAAUCCAAGUUUAAAGCCUUUAGGAACUUUUUUGGCAAGAAGAAGAAGAAAGAGCCGGAAGGUGUCCCAGAAGGGACAGAGCAAAAGCCAAGGUUUUCCAGCGGCAGUCUGAAGUCAGUGGCAGAAGUCCAAGUGAUGGAGACCAAGCCUAAGAGCAGCAUGGGAGCCAAGGCCAUAUCCCACGAUAGUGUCUUCUGUUUGGAGCCUGAGCCUGAAGCAUCAGCAAGCAAACUGCGCUCUUCUCCAGAUUCCCAGAGAGGCAGAUCACAGCAGAUCCCACCUCUGCGCUUACGGAAACUCAGUAUCAGCCCGAGUGUUAUCCGAUCCCAGAAAGUCUCUAGGGAUUCCAGAACAGCCUUUUCCGGUGACAAGACACUCAAGAGCUGCAAAAAGAAGUCUUCAUCACAGCAUUCACCAACGCCAAGGAAGAGCAUCUCGGAACUGUCCUCAGAUCUAUCACAAUCCUCUCAAAGCAGCACUCAGCAGCCCUCGGGGUUCAGUACCCCAGCCACUUCACAAGGCUGCUUGGAUUCUUCAGCUGCUAAAUACAAGAUAGCUUUAAGCCCCCGGAAACUGAAGAGGAAGAAGACCAUUUCCUUGUCUGUAAAAAAGCAGGAAGAGCAGUAUCCUUUGCUGGGGAUUAAAGAAAAGGCUAUAACCAAGCCGAAACAAGCAGACCAAAAGGAGCAGAAGAAGGACAACACAGGGCCCUCAAGCCAGGAGCAGAGCUACAAAACUGAAGCUCAGGAUAAGAAGACAAGAGAGCAGACUCUAAGUACCGAUGGUGCCUCAAGUACAGGACACUCGACUUCAGGAUCCCAAGGAUUCCAACCAAGAAGACGUAGAAGAAGGGCCAAAAGUGAGUGGGGGAUCAUCGACAGAAGCCUUGCACAAUGUCCUCAAGAGUAUGACCAAGGCAGUAAAACUGAUUCCUCGCCUAGUGAAGAGGUGGUCAGCAGGGACCACUCUUUCUUGACGCUCUUCCUGGAGAAGCAAGGCAAAGAGCACACCACAACUGCGGAAGUGCAACUUACCACUCCUCAGGAGAUGUCUGCAGAUAAAAGAGAUGUGAAGGGGGAAAUGGCUGCCAUAAAUGCUGAAGUCCAAAGAACAGCAGCACCACAACCAACACCUACAAAUGUGGCCGAGUCCACGGUUGAUGGUCCACCACCCAGCCGUGAAGAAGGCUCUUCUGAAGGCAAGAAGAACAGGGAUAGAGCUGCUUUGUUGUCAUGGCUAAACAAAUCUACAAGCCAAGAAGAGGCCACUGUCUCGAGAACAAUAGAGGUCCAGGCAUGUGUACAUCAUUCUCAAGUCCGUGGAGAAAAGGAAGAAGCAUCCAGUCUUGGUUUGCAAAAGUUUCAACCCAAAAUGGAGAGCACAGCUUACCACAGAGAGAGGCAUGCCAGAGGUUCUCUUCAGGCUUUUUCAGCAAGUGUUUCAAGCGCUAACACAGAAGAUGACGUUCCUAUGCAGAGACUGCCUCUUCCUUUCAGAAGGUGGCCAACUGAAAGGGAAAUCUCCUCUGAUACAAAGAGUUCUUCAGAGUAUGAGAGUAGUUCUGAAGUGCAACCGGGUCCCACACGUUCUUUUCAGCUCACAUGGAGCCCUCAAGAUGAUGAUGAUGUCUUCCUCAAAUCAGAAAAUGUAAGUGCAGAACUGAGCAAGGUGGAACGGCAGCCCCCUCUCGGCUAUUGCUCCCAGUCAUUUGGAAAACCCAAAGCUAGAGAAGUCUCCUUAGACCUAGAAAGUUCAGAAGAUCAGAGAAGCUGUGAGGAGAUGACAUCUGCCCACUCUUCCCAGUCCUUGGGGGAGUUUGAAGAAUGCUCAGAAUCAAGAAGUUUUACCAUAGAUUCCAUCUCUCAAGAGCAGUUGUCUCCCAGGAGACAUUCCCAGGCCUUGCAGGGAUCUGAAGAAAAGGAAGUCUCCACAGAGUCAAGUAGUUAUGUUGAGAAGUACCACAGUUCUGAGGAUCUUAGCAGCACGGAGGAUGAGCAGCCUCCUGAAUGUUCCAAACAGACCCGGGGUCAGUUCAGAGACCAGCAAGAAGUGCCUCCAGUUUCAAAGAGUGCUCCAAAAGAGUUGAGUGUUUCUGCUAAGCCACUGCGCCCCAUGCACACAUCUCUACCCAUUGUGAGCCCUAUUAUUCAGCAGCAACCCCCCAUUUCAAUGAACAUUUCUGUAGGACAGAACAGAUCUGUGGCACCGCUGCCUCUCAGCCACACUGUCAAGCCGUGGGUGAGCCCUCAGUCUGAGCAUCAAAUGUUUGCAGGUCCAGAGGGCAUUGCUGCUGACUGGGACAAGUAUACGCAGUCACCGUCCCCUAGAAAGGCUUUGAUGCACCCAGUGGGGUACAAUGUUGAGCAAAAUGUACCCUCGAAUACAGACAUUUCGACCAUGGGAGAGGUGGCUUCUGUGGAGGCUCUGGUUCUCAAACACCAUUCUCAGCCCCCAAUCAGACCAGUACUUGAGAAAGAUGUUUCUGCAGGCCCAGAGCUUGCUGUUUUUAAAGAUCGUAUUGCUUCACAGCCUCCCAGAUACUCUUCCCAGCCCUUGGUGAGAUCAAACAUCAAGAAGGAAAUAUCACUGGGUGCAGAAAGUGCUGCAUUUGAGGGAAGCCGUUUUAUGGAGCCCCUGCCUCCUCAGCAUCAUUCUCAGCCCCUGUUGAAACCCUUCAUCCAGCACCAGGUUUCUGCUUUUGAAAGAGGUGUUUCUAUGGAUCCAAGGCUUCGGGCACACCCUUUCCAGCCAUGGACAAAGUCUCAAGGGAAGCGAUCAUUUUCAACUCCAGAGAGCACAGCUUUUGAAGGGAACCCUUCUACGGAGCAUGGGCGUCCUACCCUUUCGCAGCCUGUGCAGCAGCCUUAUCAAAAUGUGCCUUUAGAAUCUGAAGCUGUUGCUGCAAAGAUAAUUUCAAUGGGCCCACUGCACACCAAAUAUUCUGCUCAGUCUUUACCAAAUCCUCAAAGUCAUCUAGCCUCAGAAAAUACCUCUGUAGAAGGUGCCACUUUGGUGGAGCUACUGCCUCCUCAGCCUUCAGUAAAGUCCAAAUUUCAGCCACAGAUGACCCAAGAUCCAGUGAGCGCUUCCACUCAAUGGGGCAGCCCUAUGGAACCAGUAUCUGUUCAACAUAUCUUCCAAACACAGGCUAGCCCUAAAUUUAAGCAAGUGCCUACAGGUCUAGAUAGCCCUGAAGCCCAAGGGGGCAUCUCUAUGCAGCCAGGUUCCCCCAGAUGCCCUUCCCAGUCAUGGUUGACUCCUACCUUUGAGCAAGUAUCUGUACCCCCUGGCAAUGUUCCUUCUGCAUGGUCCAUUCAUAGUUAUCCACCAGCUCCCAGAAUGCCUUCUCAGCCCUUGAUGGGAUCAAUCAUCACUGUAGAGCCAAUGUCUUCUAGACACCCUUUGCAGCCAUGGCCGACUUCUUCAUUUGAACAAGUCACUGUGCCCUCAGACAGUGCUGCGGCGACAGCCUGGGGCAUUCCUGUUGAUCCACCAGCUACCAGAAUGCUUUCUCAGCCCUUGGUGGGGUCAGUAGUCAAACAACCAGUCUCCACUGAAUUAGUGAGCAUUUCGGCACCACAGAGCAGCUCCGUGGAGCUAAUUCCUUCUAGAUUCCCUUUCCAGCCAAGAGUAGAUCCAGAGAGUUAUACAGCAGAGGAGGGAGUUUCUGUAAUGAUGAGGCCUAGAAGACGUCAUUCUCAGCCCCCAAUAAGCACAGGAUCCAGUGAAGAAAUUUCCCCAGAUUCAGUGAGAACUUCUGGAGAAUGGGGCACUCCUAUCAAGCCAAUGCCUUCCAAAUUUGCUACUCAGCCAUGGCUGGGCCCUGCAUUUGAGCAACAAACCUCAAAUCUAGAAGGUUUUGCCAAAGAGGGGGAUGUUUCUAAGGAGGCAUGGCUUUCCAGAAAUCCUUCCCAAAUCAUUAUCAAACAUCAAGUCCAGAAAACACCCUCAAGUUUUGAGAGUACCUCUGUUGAGGGAGGCAUUCCUUGGAAGUCACUGCCUCUCAAAGGUCCCACCCCAUUCUUAAUGAGACCUAAAAUUCAGGAAAUGUCCUCCAGCCUAGAGAGUGUUACUGCUCAAGACAGCUCUAAGAAACCACAGGGCAGCAGCUCUUCUUCCCAGUCAUUUGUGAAGUUUAUGGCAGAGCAAAUCUUUUCAGGGACCACUGCUAGUGAGACGGACAUUUACACGAAGCCUAUGCUUCAGAGCCGAAGCCGUCCUUCCAGAUCCUUGUUGAAGCCCAAACUCGAGGAGCAAACUUUCCUAUAUAACUGGGAUGAUGAACCCAAGGAAGACACCGCUUUGAAGGCUCUGCCCAUGAAGCAGCCUUCACAGCCACUCAGAAGGCCCGAAGAGUCACAGGAAAUUCUGUCAUAUUCUGAGGGUGCCCCUGCGAAGUGGAGCAGUUCUGCGGUGGAUGUCUCUCAGCCCCUCGGAAAGCUUGAGUAUGGCCAGAAAGUCUCAGUUUCAGUCAGUUUUCCCAAAAAGUGGGUGAGGUCUGAAGAACAGCUGCCUUCCACACAGCCUUCUCAGGCCUUCAAUGUAGCUGGGCAGCAGCCUCCGAUUUUAUCAACAGGCUCUGCAAAUGUUCCUGUGGACUGGAGCUAUCCCGAGGGGCAUUGGGCUCCCGGUCAGCCUACUCAGGCUUUCUUGAUCACUGACUAUCAGCAACAAGUUUAUUUAAGCUCUGCUAAUGCUGCUGCUGAAGGGACCAUUUCUCAAAAUACUGGCAGCUGGUCUUGCCCAGAUUCUCCAAAGAAAGCCACGAAAUACACACAAGGCUAUGGGGACCUCAUUCAAAGCACCCCAACUUCUGUUCCCAAACCUGGAAAGCUCACUACUGGUCCUGCCCAGAAAGCAUUCGUUUCCACAGGCGCUUACUCCAAGGAGGAAGUUCCUCAGGGUCCUGAUGGAAACGAGAGCCCUUCGGUCAUAUCCACCAGCAAGGCUGAUGUCGAAAAUGUUUUUGGAGUGCGACUUCGAAGAAUUUCACAGAAGGGUGGAACUGAGAAUCUAGAUCCUUGCACGCCAGUUGUCCCAGCAAGCAAAGAAUGGAUGGACAAAGGAGCUCCCCAGGGCUUCAGUGGAAGCCUAGGGAAUUUCAGCCAAAUACUUCGCUUUGCAGAAAAACAAGGGAGCAGGCCCAGAUAUGAAGGCCCUUUCAAGAAGCCAGCAGUUUACAGGCCUCCAGGAAAGACCUCUAAUUGGAAGGCAGAUUACACUACAGAACCAGCUUGGAUCAAUGUGGCGAAACAGAGGCAAAAGGGCUUUGUAUCACACUUUCUCAAAAAAACGAAGACCAGAGCUGAAGCUAGGUCUGAGACCAAGGAACCAAGAUAUGAGUCAAAUUAUGAGCCAGACUUGGAAAUUCCAGUAAAGGAACAUGAACCCAUAGCUGGUACCCCGUCAAGAAUGACUUUUUCUUCCACUGUUCCCAGACAGGAGAUGUCAAAGCUGUACAAGUCUACAAAAACAGUUGCAUUUGAUGAUCAGAACUUGCCUCAUCCAUAUACCAGUGAAAGAGAAACCAGACGCUCUUCCAGUCUGCCACCCAAAUUUUCACCUCCUGAGGAGCCUGUGUGGUUCGCAAUGGCCAAGAAGAAAUCUCAAGCAUGGAGCCAAAUGUCAGAGAUCAUGAAAUAA